AUGCGCGUCCUGCAGCCGCGUGCCGCGCUGCUCUCCGACUACGAGGUGCUGGCGCUGCUCAAGGACCUCGAGACGACGCAGCGCCGCCAGGCGCGCCAGCCGGCGCCCGCCGUCUUCGGCACGCCCGCCGCCGCCGUGCUCGAGGCGGCCGCAGCCGCAGCGGCGGGCGCGGCCAAUGGCGCAGCGCCCAGCGCCGCGCACGCCGAGGACGCCGACGCUGAGGCGGGCAUGGCGCUGCUGCCGCCGAACCUGCGCACCGUGCAGUACGAGCUGCUGGCGUACCUCAGCAACGCGGCACGCCCCGCAGCGCAUCAGAGCGCCGAGCAGAUCGCCGCCUUCAAGGCCGCUCUGGCGCGCUGGGAGCGCGACGAGCACCUCGGCGAUGCCCGUCUGACGCGCGGCGAGCGCCUCAUGUGCGUCAACCUGGCGCCGGCGACGCUCGUGGAGCUGCACUGCAUCGUCGAGGAGCUGUCGGAGCGCUUCUCGGAGACGCAGAUCGAGUCGCUGCUCGAGCUCAUCGCGACGCACCUGCCGCGCGACAGCGAGGUGCCGAGCAGCAACGGCAUCAACGGCACGGCGCACGGCGAGGGCCUGCCCGGCGGCGCGGCCGCCGUCGAUGAGGAUGCCGAGUGGGAGGAGCGCGAGCGGCGCGAGGAGGAGCUGCGCGAGAUGCGCGAGCAGCAGGCCAACGAGGACUUUGUCGUCGAGGGCCGCGGCGAGGGCGCCGUCGACGACGAGCUGCCCGAGGAGGAGUAG